CACUAACUCAUCAUCAUCGGGGAUUCCUGCUAAUAGACUCCCAAGCAUACAGUGUAUCGUAAUGAUCUGUUACAGUUAGUUCAGAUCAGACAGGCUCAGAAACACACACACACACACACACACACACACACACACACACACACACACACACACACACACACCGCCUCGGUCUGACUCUGAUAGCCGCCGUCAUGUUCACCGGGAUGCGGGUGGAGAGCCGGGGGGACUCGGGGCUCCUGGAUGCUGCGGCUCUCCGGCAGCAGAGGAGGCUGAAACAGGCGAUCCAGUUCCUCCAUCAAGACUCGGCUGACCUGCUGCCGCUGGACGGCCUGAAGAAGCUCGGGACGUCCAAGCAGGGGCAGCCACAUCAUAUUCUACAGAAGCGCAUGCUGGAGUCCAAGAUGUCCCGGGGAAGGAUGUGUGCAGACAACAAAGGGGUCCAUCUGAGCUGCACUCAUUUACAUUCACAUGAGGAUGAAGAAGAAGAGGAGGAAGAUUUCAUCUAUGUGCCCUGCAAGUGUUUGGGACAAGAGGUGAAUGUGCUGAUCGACACCGGCUGCACACUGAACCUGAUGUCCUCACUAACUGUGGAGAGAUCAGGUCUGAAGGAUCUGGUUGAAGAGAACCAAAUGGAGACGGAUGGGUUCUCGUUUCAGAGGAAGCUUUGUGUCGACGGACGCAUCAGAGAACUCAGCCUGACCAUCGGGCAACUCAGAGUAAUGUGCUCCUUUGUCAUCGUAGACAGUAACAGACCACUGAUGUCCCUGGGAAACAAGACGUUAAAGUCACUCAAGUGUGUCAUUGACACUGAGCAGCAGAUGUUGGUGUUUGGGACGACCGUGAGGGAGCAACUUCAGUUUGUCAAAAAGUCAUUCAAUGAAAGUUCUUCUGACUUCAAAGACAUGUGACAACAACAACAACAACAGCACACCUAAAGCAAUUUGAUUAUUUACUCUUAUCUUAUAGCUAGAUAUCUCAUUGGGGAACUUCAUCAAUCACUUUCUCUCUUCCUGUUUGAUGCAUUCAUCUUCACUUAUUUGUACACAAAGGCUGCGGUUUACACAAACAGUUCCUCAUGUAGCAACGGAAAGCAUUCUUGUAGCCUAUGAUCCUGUUUUAGCUGUCGUCUACAGUAGAACGUGUUGUGCAGCUCAAGUUGAACAGAAACAUGUAGUGCUGUAGACUUUAAUAUUCUGACUGAAGUGUGAUUUAUAACUCUUGUAUCUUAUAAAUAAGUAUCGUUCUGCCAGACGUUCAGUAGUGUUCUACAUUUAUAGCUGGAAAUCUUGGAGAGCAAAGGUUGGAGGGUUUUUUAUUUCUUGUGGAGUGUAGCACAAUAUAUUGCAUACAACUGUUUAUCAUCAUUUAUACUGUAUUUUAUAAUGUUGUAAAUGUAUUUUCUAGUCCAAAAACAUGUAUUUGCUCACUGCCUUUUGAUGUUUACAAAUUGAUAGUGAUUGUAGCAAAGUGCGGCACUGAAUAUCAAAUAAAAUCCCAAAAGAUGUGAAAGUU